GAGAGAGAGAGAGAGAGAGGGGGGUUGAUAGUCCCCCGCGCGCUCGAGCAUGGCCUCGGAGGCCGGCUCAGCGGUGCUUGGUGCUGUUGUGCGGUCUCUUGGGAAGCUGCUCAAGUACGAGUUGGGCCUGGCCAAGACCGUGAAGAAUGGGAUUACCAGCCUCCAGCGUGAGCUCCGUUGCAUGGACGCUUUUCUUGGGGAUGGCUCCGGCAUGCCGCCCCACCAGCUUGAAUCACAGUUGCAGCUCUCGGCCCGCGAGGAGGUCCGGGAGCUGUCGCAUACCAUUGAGACACGCCUCCACUCCUUCCGGGUGCGCAUCGAGUCGACCGAGGGCUCCCGUUUUGAUGUCAUGAGAAAGGUGAGGAAGCUGAAAAUUAAGCAUGACAUAGCCAGUUACAUCAAAGAUACACAAAUCAUGGUUAAGGAGAUGCGUGAUCGGCAUGCUCAGUACCGCUCCAUGAGUUCCCGGGAAAGUACUUCCAGACGGAAAGGGGACACUCGGAGAUUUGCCACGUACACCAGGGAAUCUAACCCUGUUGGCAUAGACGGGCCAAUUGCCGAUCUGACCGAAAAGCUGUCCAAGAUCGAUCAUGUCUCCAUUGUUGGGAUGGGGGGGCUGGGCAAGACCACCCUUGCUCGAGCUCUCUAUGACAAGUUGAAAGGGCGGUUCCAUUGCGGGGCUUUUGUUCACUUCGGUCAGAGCGCUGACGUUGAGAAUGUUCUGAAGGACAUCUUGUAUGAACUUCACAUGGACAAAUAUGGCAAGGAACCAAACAUACACCAGCCAAUCAACCGGCUGCAAGAUUUCAUGCUGGAUAAGAGGUGCUUAAUUGUCAUUGAUGAUAUGUGGGAUGAGGGAAACUGGAACUUCGUCAAAGGUGUUAUUAAGGAUAGUGCUGGAACUAAAAUCAUCACCACGACUCGUAACCUUAAGAUUGCCGAAGAAGUUGGUGGCGUUUACUUGAUAAAACCACUUUCUCCUGACAACUCCAAAAAAUUACUCCGUACCAAAGCUGAAGCUGAAAGCCAUAAUACUGAAUUUGAUGAAGUGUCGGAUAAAAUUUUGCGUAAAUGCGGUGGUGUGCCAAUAGCUAUCACUAUGAUAGGUAGCUUUCUUGCUAAUAAUAAAAGCAAGGGGUGGCAUGGGGCGUAUGACUCUAUUGGUUUUGAUGAGCACAAGAAGGACGGGGCAUUCGAGCACAUAAGAAAGGUACUGUCCUGUAGCUAUUAUAAUCUACCCUACGAUAUCAAGAAAUGCUUGUUGUACCUAAGCCUUUUCCCAGAAGAUCACUGGAUCGAAAAGAAUAUGCUGAUAUGGAGGUGGGUAGCAGAAGGCCUCAUUUCUGAUGGGUUAUUUGAGACUGGAGAGGCCCAUUUCAGCGAACUAGUAGACAGGAGCAUCAUCCAGUCGGCAGUGAGCCCUCGUGAUGUGGGCCAAGGUGGUUGUCGCGUCCACAGUUUGAUGCUUGACCUCAUCCGUGACCUGUCAAGUAGCAAGAAGGAGAACUUCGCCACUGUGCUGGGCAUGAAGCAGGAGAGCACAUCUGAAACCGUACACAUUCAUAGAUUAGCCAUCCACAAAACAAGCGUAGCUCAAAAUCAAAAUACUAGCCUGGAAGUGGGGGAGGUGCUGUCAUUUUAUGCCAGCACGUGUCCCGGUAGUAGCUUUCCCCCACUCUCGAGGUUUAAACGGCUCCGUGUAAUAGAUCUGGAAGAUUGUGAUUUAUCCGUCGAGGAUUGCAAACUGAGGCACCUCGAGAAGUUGGCUGGGCUGGGGUACAUUGGGCUUGUCGGCACCCAUGUGACCGAGCUCCCGAAGAAGAUGGGACGCCUCAAGUUCCUACAAACACUCGACGUGACGGCAACUGGCCUCAGUGAGCUGCCAUCAUUCAUCGAGGAUCUGAAGAAACUGAGGUGCCUGCGAGUUGGCAAGGGCACGAGGAUCAUGGGCCGGAUAGGGGAGCUGACGUCCCUGGAAGAGCUGUGGCUGCACUCGGCUGACAAGUCCCCGGGCUUCGUUAUUGAGCUCCGAAAGCUGACCGAGCUGCGGGUGCUGGUGAUCCACUUCGACGAGAUUGAUGAUGGUAUGAAAGAGGCGCUGGUGGAGUCCCUGCAUCAACUGGAGAAGCUCCAGGUCCUACAAGUCUGGUCAGACACAGAGGAGAAGGUCCCCCUUGGCAGCUGGGAAGCUAGCAUGCCCUUCCCGCAGCUCCGCCAGCUGUUGUUGUUCGGAGUCAUCCUACCCAGGCCGAUGUCGUGGAUCCACCGCUUGUUUGUGCCGAAACUCUCCAAGCUACUGCUGCAGGUGGUGGUCUUGGAGAAGCAGCACCUGGAGAUCCUCGGGCAGAUGCCGUCGCUCCACUCGCUCUACCUCCACAGUGAGGAUGACAAGUACCGGCUGUCAUAUACCGCCAACAAGAAUGAGUUCAAGGUGUUGGAAUACAUCAACACGAACAUAGAGUUGAUAUGCGGUGACGGGGGGCUACCAAUGAUCCAGGAGCUGGAGGUCGGCGGCAUCAGGGCAGGAAGGGACGUUGGCCUGCGGGGGAACAUGCCUCUACUCCAGAGGGCCACCUACCACCUCGACUGUGUGGCCCGCCUCCCUCUCCGGGUGCGGAAGGCAGAGGAAGAGCUACGGCAGGCGGGGAAAGCACACCCCAACCGUCCCGAAAUCACCAUAAGGAGAUGGAACAACGUCGUGACGGAGAUAUGGCCCAAGAUGGAACAAAUCCAAGGGACCUCCCUGAGGCUUGUGAGGCCCUCAUCCUCGGAAGAAAAUAUAUUUCUAGAUAAUAACCCUGAAAGUUUAAAGCAAAUGUCGGAAGAUUUUGCCCGGCUUGAGCUAGACAACCCUAUCGGAGCACCACCGGCCCUCAGAGUGGAUGACGCUACAGAUGCCACAGGCUCUCCAUCUCAGGGAGCAGCUCUUAUCGAGUUCUAUUUUAAGUCCAUGCUCAAGGUCCAUGAGGAUAUUACUGACAUCACGCGAAAUGAGGACGCAGACGCAAACGCAAGUUCAGAAGGAAACGAUGGUGCAGGUCCCAUUGGUGAGCUGCUGCCUGAGCCCGACGCCACCGGCACUUUGCUCUCCGCUGUGCUCUCCUGGUUCAACAGCCAGGAUGGAGCCGCUAAAAUGUCGAAGAAAGCUGAUAUGCAUGGAAUGGAUCUCGUCGCUUAUAAGAGAAUAUGGAAGAAGUGCGUGCUGAACCCCGAGUUGAUUGCAAUCAUGGACAGCGUGGUGCACGAGAAUGAAGCUUCUGAAUACGUGCGGCUCCACGAGCAGCUGAUGGGCCAAGAAAUCCUGGAUUAUAUGGCCGGACACGACAUCGACGAGCCAUCCUCCCCGCCUGGAUAUGUUGGUAGUAGCCCUGAGCCACUGCCACCUAAGGUCGACGCUGACAACAUGCACUCCUGGCUCGUCGGCAUGUAUGGAGCCGCUCAUGUGUCGGCUCUUAUGUCGAAGGGAGCUGCUAAGUUUGGAAUUGAUCCCACUGCUUUCGAGACAAUGUGGAUGAAGUACGUGCUGAACCCCGAGCAGGUUGCAGACAUGGACAGCGCGGUGCAGAACCAUGACGGUUCUGAAUUCAAGCGGCUCAUAGCGCAGGUGAUGGAGGCAGAAAACUCCAGGCCACCACCUAAGCUCGACAUCUACGACACUUUUAUCCUCUGGCGUAACACCACGGAUGGAGCCGCUGCUAUGUCGGAGGGAGCUGCUGAGUUUGGAAUGGAUCCCGCUGCUUUUGAGAGAAUAUUGAAGAAGUGCAUGCUGAACCCCGAGUUGAUUCCAGCCAUGGACAGCGCGUUGCAGGACGAUGACGGCUCUUGGAUGGAGCUGAUGAAGCAGCUGGUGGAGCCAGAAACCAUGCAUUAUUUCACCGAGCAAUACAUGGACGGGCCAUCCUCCACGCCUGGAUAUGCUGAUGAUGGACAGGCCGAUGGUAGCAGUAGUGGCCAAGAUGGUGAGAAGGUCUCCAGGAUGCUGAGGCAAGUGUUGCCGACCGUGGAACAGGUCCUUAAAGCUGGUGCGAGCAGUAGACAGCCUAGCGCAGCUCAGGUCAUUGCCGACAACGAGCUCAACUAUGGAGGACCGGCUGAUGCCAGCGGCAUGCUCUCCGGUUUAUCCAGUAGCCCGGCCCACGCAGCUCAAUCUGAUAUGAUAGACGUCGUAGCAAGAAGCACUGCUACUGUGGCGCAGAUUAUACAAAAUGGUGAGAACUCCUUGACGAUGUUCAACUGGAAUGAACGACUCGCGGCCUUGGAGAAGGCAUCUGCUGCUGGUGAGAACUCCUCGACGGUAUUCAACUUGAAUGAACUAAAGGAACUGAACGAACUGAUCGCAGCCUUGGAGAAUGGCCCAUCUCAGCGGAAACAAUGUCAGCGACGAAGAAGGCGGAGGCGUGCAAGCAGCCUUAAAAAUCAUCCCCGUGCGUCCUGAAGGUUGAUGAUGCUUGGUCGGCCUCCGGACUUAUGAGCGAAAAAAAAAAGCAAAAAAGAAAAAUAUAAAA